AUGGCGGCCGGGCCGGGGCCGUGGCUGCUGGGCUCGGGCUUGGCCUUGGGGCCGGCAGGCGUGUGGGCGCAGCUGAGGCUGGUGGAGGCCGGCGGAGGGCAGCGAGCGCCCGGGGACUCCGUGCUCCUCUCCUGCCGCGGACACGGCUUCAACUUCGGGACAUGCGCAAUAAGAUGGUACCGUCAGGCACCCGGAGGCAGGCUGGAGUGGGUGUCCUUUAUCUCCCCUAGUUCAUCACUGAUUCAACAUGCACCGGCAGUGAAUGGUCGAGCCUCUGUGUCCCGGGACAAUUCCCGGUUUAGGACAGCUCUGUCUCUAAGUGCCCUGAGCCCACAGGACUCUGCCCGCUACUUCUGUGCUGUUCGCUGGUGGGGUCUCAGUGUGAGGACAGAUAAGCUUAUUUUUGGAAGUGGGACGACUCUCACAGUUGAGCCAAACAACAUAAGGAGUUCUGACCCACAAGUCAUUGUGAUGAAGUAGAAACUGGAAGAAGAUGGCAACACCGAGAAAGUAGCUUGUUUGGCAAGGAAGUUCUAUACAAAGAAUGUCAUCUUGGAGGUGUCCUCUAAUGAAGUCAUAUAUGAGCAAAAUACCCCCGUUUUGACAUCAGAAGGGUUGUACGAUACCAUUAAGGUGGUCAGUGCAACAAAAGGCACAGAGGUGGCUUGCACAGCCAAACACGAUGGCAAAGAAGCAUUGCUAGAAAAGGAGGCUGAAGAAUCAGUAACAGGGAACAUUUGCAACACCACAGACAUCUCUAUGCAAGAUGCUGAAGGGGAGAAAACAAACAUGCUCUCUGUGACUGUGUUGGGCUUGAGAGUCCUGCUGGCAAAAAGUAUUGCCUUCAAUGCACUCAUGAGCAUCAAGCUGUUUCUUUUCUGA